AUAAAGAGGUAAAUAUAAGGGGAUUUAUAUGAUCCCCCAGUAUUCGUAGUUAUAAAGGGUCUUGUCAAUUGUCAUUAUCAGCAUAUCCUCAGUCAAGCCAUCACCAUGAAGUUCUCUGUUAAUAUCCUCUUUCUCUUUGCUUCGCUUGCCGUCGCAGACCUCCACAACACCGGUGUUUGCAUCAACAGCGGUGGCAAGGGCGUUAACGUCUACAACCGCGACGCCACCGAAAAGGCAUGCACUGCCUACAAGAACCGAAACACCGGUUCCAAGCAAUGGGACACAUGCCCUGACUGUACCAUUAAAAACGACCAGAGUAUUCUGUACUACUGCGACACGGCCGCACAGCAUAUGGGAGGUGAUGAGUGGAAUUAUUACUGCAAGCAGAAUGGGGCGGAAGAAAGUCUUGCGUGGUAGUUUGUUUGAUUGUAUCUUUGUAUCUUCGUUAUAUAUAAACUGUUAUUUUAUUAUGUGUGUCGUCAGGGACGAUGCUGUAUUGGAUGGUGUAGAUGACUACUCAGGAGAUUCCAUUGAUUCAAUUUGCCAUUUAUCCAUUGAAAUAUUAUUCUAGAAUGAUGAG